GUGUAUUUUUAGUGAAACGAUGUGUUAAUUAAAACAGUAAUAUGGCGCUAUUAAAAUUUACUCUAGCAAUCCUUUUGGCCAACGCAAUUCAUUUUAGUUAUGCAAUGUGUAUUUCAGAUAUCAAGCCAGCAAGCUCCUACGGAAAAAUUGGAUAAAGUUGAAUUAAAAACAAAAUUUUGUGAAGAUUCAUCUGACGAUGAUGUUAAGUUAAAAACUAACAAUGAAACUGAACAUGUAUCAGAGAAUUCCAAAAUACCCAAAAGUAUUACAAGCAAUAAACCUAACCAACUAAAUCUUAGUUUGAAGUCUUCAACUGUUCAGCCAGCAAAAAGCACCUCAAUAAUUAACGUUGAACCUCAAAUUGUUAGACUUCCAGUUAAAAAAAUCAAUGUUGUGCCAGAAAAGAAAGUGCUUCAAAAAAAUAAUAAUGAAAUUAAUAGAAAUAAUAAAAGUAGUGUCCCAUCAACACGAAGAGCCAUGGAAUUCGUUGAUGAUAUUGUACUGCCACUAAAAAGUGAACCUCGUCCAAGUGCGAUUAAAAGUGCAAUUCCAAAUGUUGAUAAAGACGAAAACAGUAUAAUUAGCCGUUUUAAGGAUGAUAACUUCGAUUACCAUGACAAUCUGGAAAUGAAAAAUAAAAAUACUCAAGAUAAUGUAUGUACCAAUGUGAUUCCAUUAUAUAAAUGCGAAGAAAAUAAAAAAAAAUACAUUGAAGAAGCAGAAGGUUGUGAGCAAUAUGUUAAUAAAGAAACAAUUAAUGAAGAAAUCACUACUCAGAGCAAAGAACAAAACAUCGCUACCCAUAAAAUUCCCAUUGAUGCCAAGCCAAGCGUAAUUGUAUACAGCAGAGAUUACAAAGAUGUUAUCGAUGCAUUUCCUCAACAGAAAACAGUUGCAAAAUAUCCACUGAGUCGCAGCCCUUAUACAAUAGAAUAUUGUGGCAAUGUUUGUGUCCCUUACAGCUCUAAUGGUUAUUAUCAAACACCAAGUUAUUAUGGUGAUUAUAAUCAGCAUAAUGGCCAGAUAGAUUAUUCGAAUAAAUGUAAACAAAAUAUGAAUAAUUUUAGAGUUUGGAGGUCGUGGAACAAUAUGAUGGUUCAUUAUUACCCGAAUGCUUAAACACAACGACAAGAAAAUAUUAAAUUAACUCCGUCAUUUUUAUAUUAUUCUGUGGCCAUUUAUUCACACGCUUUCUUGACUUUGUAUUUGAAUAUUAUAUGAGAAUUAUAUCUGUAUAUAUUUCAAACUUUUAAAAUGUUAUGUAAUCUUAUAUAACCCACAAAAUAACUUCAUGUUGCUUAUAGAGUUAACUUUUUAGUUAAAUCUCAAAUAAAAUACACAAUUUUAGAAUUUUUGUAAAUAUUUAACAUAAGCGCAAUUUACCUACACUUAUUUAGUAUAAUAUGGUAGAUAACUAUUGUAUACUACACUGAUAAAUGUCUAGAUAUAUAUAGAAAAUCUUAAAGUAUUGUUGUUAUAACUGUUUCUGUAAUUAUUUAAUCCUAUUUAAUUUUGGUUGUAUACAAUUUCGUUUUUAUGUAAUAAAUAGCAAUAAAAAAUAACAUAACUAACUUUAUAAAUAUAUCGUAUUUUAACAAAUUAGCCUUUCAGACUUAAUUAAAAUGAAGCACUUGUAAAAGUUUAGAUGAUAUCUAUUGAUGACAAAUUAUGGCUUAUGACAAAUGUACAUAAACUAUGUUGUUAACUCUAAAUGAGAAAUUUGACGGGUUUGACAUUGAGAAUCAGGGUAAAUAUUUUAAGGCUAACAUUUCAAUAAUGCCUAAUCAACCCAAGAGGUCUGUUAAAAAAUGCAUUUUUUUAUGGUUAAAUGUAGUUUUAAUAAUCGCAACAUAACACAUAAAUAACAAAAAAAUAAAAUGAAAAGCCGGGAAAUUUGAAAUUCAGCAUUGUUUCCAUGUGAAAAUUAGCCACUGCUUUAACAAGAGAGAUCUUAAAACAAUCAAUAUGUGCUUGUCAUUAAGAAGAGCCACGUCUUUUGAAAAUAACAAUAAUUUGUAGUUGAAAGGAAUUUCGAUCUGGCCAAUGGCUUUC